AGAAGGUGCAAGGGCAAGUUAAUUACAUUUUAAUCAAUCUCUAUUCUGAGUAUUUUUCAGUUUGUAAGAAUCCUUAAACCUUUUGUGAACUUACGGUUUCUCUUUUAUGUCCACAAAUUGUGUGAUGGUGCACAUCUUAUGACAUAUAUGCAGCCCGUGUUUCAAAGGGGAAGUUUUUUUGUGUGUGUGUGGAAGACAACCCAAACCCUCUGAUUCAGUGAACUCACAAAACAAUUCACCAAAGCACAGAAAAGACAAGCUGAGGACUAAAAAAGAACAUGAAUCAAAGCUCCUUCUACAUAAUUGACUUUGACUCAGCAUACGAUGAAUUCAACUUCACUUACAACGACACAGACUUCAUCGUCAACCCUGAGACGCAACCUUGCAACCCAUUUUCCAUCCCGGACGCCGCUGCAAUUUUCAUCAGCGUCUUUUACAUCAUCGUCUUUCUUCUGGCCAUACCCGGAAAUUUGGUGGUGGGCCUGGUGAUCGGUCUCAGCAAGCAGGCACUUCCCCCUUCUGACCUCUACCUCCUUCACCUGGCCGUUGCCGACCUUCUGCUGGCUAUCACGCUCCCAUUCUGGGCCACCUCUGUCUCCAAGGGAUGGGUUUUUGGAGACGGUUUGUGCAAAAUAAUCACCAUAAUCCAAGAACUCAGCUUCUACUCCAGCAUCCUCUUCCUGACAUGCAUCAGCAUGGACCGCUACAUGGUCAUCGUCCGAGCCAUGGAGGCCCGGAGGUCUAACCGGCAGCUGGUGAGCUGGGGAAUCUGUGCUGUGGUCUGGUCCGUCGGAGCUCUUCUGUCCUUGCCGGGCCUCCUGUACUCAUCUUUCUCGUCCUCCGGUCACAUGGUGUGCGCCGAGUACUAUGACCCGCGCAGCGCGGACGAGUGGCGCCUGGCUACCAGAGUCCUCCGCCACUCCCUUGGUUUCGUCAUCCCGCUUACCAUCAUGCUACCCUGCUACGGCAUCACCAUCCAGCGCCUCUUUCGCAUCCGCGGCGGGUUCCAGAGGCAGCGAGCCAUGAGGGUGAUCGUGUUCGUGGUGGUGGCGUUCCUGCUCUGUUGGACGCCGUACCACAUCGCGGUGAUGACAGACACCUUCUUCCGGGCGAAGAUAGUGCAGUACCGGUGCCCCGCCCGGAUAGGGGUGGAUCAGGCCAUGCUCGCCACCCACAGCCUGGGCCUGUUGCACAGUUGCGUCAACCCCGUGUUGUAUGCUUUUGUGGGAGAGAAGUUCAGGAGGAGGUUGCAGCAGCUUAUGAGGAAGAUGGGCGUCCUGGAGCGAACGUCGGUGUCGAGGACGAGCAGGUCUUCACUCUCCUCUGAGAUCACGUCUACAUUCAUGUAAAGAACUCUGAAGGGACUCUUGAUGUCUGUUUGGAAAUGACCAAAGUUUAGUUGUAUUUUGUUAAUAUUCUAUUAUUUGAAUCUCUGUCAUCCCAUUUUUUUAACUUCUUCUUGUGUUUUAAAGAGGACAUAUUACGGAAAAGUAGAUUUUUUAAGUGCUUGUAUACAAAUAGUUAUAGAGGACUGUCUACCCAUCACGUGUGAAAUUAAACAACCAAAUCAAUCUUUUGUUAUCUGACAUUUUCAAGCAACAACACGGAAGCACGAAUGAUUCAAAGCCAAAAGGUGUUACGAGCUUCUGACUUCCAGCAGAUACAUAUAUUAUUGAAAUUCUCAGCUAAGUUGUCGACGUAGGCGACUUGGUGUUUUGAAGAUGUGUCUGAUUCGGUGACUUGAUUUUUUUUCUCAAGUUUUGCAACAUAAUGCCGCCAUGUCAACAUCCAUCCAUCCGUUUUCCAAACCGUUUAUCCUCACUAGGGUCUCGGGCAUGCUGGAGCCUAUCGCAGUUGACCCUGGGCGGGAGGCGGGGUGCACCCUGAACAGGUCGCCAGCCAAUCGCAGAGCACAUAGAAACAAACAACCAUUCACACUCACAUUUACACCUAUGGGCAAUUUAGAGUCUUCAAUUAACCAAAAUUCAUGUUUUUAGGAUCUGGGAGGAAAACCCAUGCAGGCACGUGAAGAACAUGCAAACUCCACACAAGGGCUGGCGACCAAUUCAGGUUGUAUCCCGCCUCUCGCCCGAAGAUAGCUGAGUUAGGUUCCAGCAUGCCCGCAACCCUAGUGAAGAUACGUGGUACAGAAAAUGGAUGGAUGGAUAACCAUUGACUGGAUGAUUGCGUCUAAGGCUUCCAUGACUUUCUACUGGCCCCUCAAGGUCAAUUGUAUUAAUUGAACCAUGAGUGAUGGGCUGAGUCUUUAUUUUAUUCUGUCAGUUUUUAUUAGGCGUCAUAUAACAAGAUAAACAAAACAAUCUCAGCAAAUAAAAUCCUCAUACACGCCUUCUUUCUUUGUGUGUGUGUGUGGUCCAGUGCAGCGUAUGAAAUUAUUUUCAAGAUGACUGAACUCUUACUAUGAGAACGGGGUAUUGGAAAUAGUCUUGUCAACAUGCAAUGCACACUUUAAACACGUAAAUGUAGCAUUUUACCGUGUAUAUAACAAUGUAUAUGACC